AUGCAACUGAUAGUAAUAUGCGAUGUUAAACACACGUUCCAGAGCAGCCUCAUCGUCUUCAUCGCUGUAGGAGCAGUAGCUGCAACAGCAUUUUAUUACGUCAACAUGGAUGAACAAGGCACGACUCUCACAGUAGUUCAAAGUCGUAAUGUCUAUGAUUCACUGGAUGGCUGUGAUUUUUUCUCCGGAAAAUGGGUCCAUGACAACGAUUCAUACCCUCUAUACGAAGAACUCCAAUGUCCAUACAUUACUGGUGACUUUGCGUGUCAACAACAUGGUAGAAUGGAUUCCAAGUAUCAACAAUGGAGAUGGCAACCUCAUGCUUGUAACCUUCCAAGGUUUGAUGCCAAAGAAGUUCUUGAGAGGCUGAGGGGGAAAAGGGUAGUUUUCGUUGGAGAUUCGGUAAAUAGAAACCAGUGGGUGUCAAUGGUAUGUAUGCUUCAGACUGUCAUCCCUCCUGAGCUCAGGGAGAUGCGCAAAAUUCGUCAUGUGUCCUUACGCACCUUCAAGGCACUUGUGAGUAUAUCCAUACUUCAUUGUUAUUGGUGGAUAGAUUGA